AUGGUUUUACAUUUUUGUAUAUUCUAUGUCGACACAUUAUGUACAUCGAUUGAAAGUAUUUUUAAUGAAAAUUUAUUAUUUUUACUUGAUCUUAAAAAUUGUUUGUUCUGGAUAUUUUUGUUACAUUUUGACUCCCAAAAGUAUUCGAAUAUGGCAGCUGCAGUUCAAACUCAAAUUCGUAAAAUUGAACAAAAACUUCAACCAUACUUAUACAAAGGUCCUCUUAGUUCAUAUUGGGAUCUUAUUGAAAAGAAAGUUCCUGUUAAACGUGAACAGAUCGCUUUGGGUUUAUUUGGUUUUCUUGCUAUUUAUUUAAUAAUUGGUUGGGCUAACGAUUUUGUUUGUAAUUUUUUGGGAUUUAUCUAUCCGGCUUAUGCUUCGAUAUUGGCUAUUGAAUCAAAAACAACACAUAAUGAUGAUACAGAAUGGUUAAUCUAUUGGGUUGUUUAUGCUUUAUUUGGUUUUAUUGAAUAUAUUGGACAUAAUUUCUUUCAUACCUUACCUUUCUAUUGGCUUGGUAAAUGUCUUUUUCUCAUAUGGUUAAUGGCACCAGGACCUAAAGGUGGUUCUCAAUUGUUGUAUAACAAACUUAUGCGUCCCCUUGUACUCAAGUCUCGUCCCACAAUUGAGCAACGUGCCCGAGAUGCAGCCAAUGAAUACGCACGUACAAUAAAACGCGAGUAA